UCGAUUCGUGUAGGUCGAUAUUCAGAUAGUCUUUGUAUACGUAAACACAGUUGAUUUGAAGUAGAACCAACGGGGAUAAUUUUGAUAAAGAAACGGAAUAUGUAACAGUAUUUAAGUAUGAAGGAUGCAGUUUGCUAAAUUUGUUCUAAGUACCGCAAUAGUGUGCGUACUAUUUUUAGUGGCGUUUGAUUCAGUUCCGUUUGCAAAUUGUUUCCUGACCUAUAAGUAGUAAAUAGUUUUGCUAAGUCAUGUUGUUUACAAAAUUUAAUACUUUCUGAUUGCUCAAUUUAUGAAUAAUAAUGACAUUUGAAAAGAGGGCGGAGAGGAAGGCGGUCUUCUUUUUCGUUAGAUAUCGGCAAACUCUCCCAGAUGUUGUCAAAGAGUUCCACACAGAAACUGAAAAAAUGUGAAAUUACUGCAAAGGGAAAAUCCAAAACCCAAAAAUGGAGUGCAUGGAUUCACCAAAAGACUCGUACUGUCCACGUGAUAAUUCAUGUAGCCAUGUGGGUUUGAAUAAGAACCUGGUCUUGCUGUCUUUUGCAGUAUGCUUUCUUAUCGUUUGGAAUAUUUCUUUGCAAUAUGAAAUAUAUUCAGUUUCAGUUGCAUUGAACGCACGCGCUAAGAACGAUGUUAAGAAAGAAUCGAUACCAAAUGGAAUAGAGGAUCCCGAAAACCAAAUGACCAGAUCGAAGAUCACCCUAGUAAGAGUGGCCCGCAAUAGUCGAAGAUUAAGAGAUCGAGUGGCAGACCUAGAAAUCAAAGUCAGAUCCCUGGAAGCUGCCAUUGUGAAAAAUAUCGUUCACCUUACCAUGAGUAACAACAUGAAUGACACGAUCUUGUACAGUAGAGUGAACAACAUCGCCAAUUGCACUGAACACAGGGGAUGUAUAAGAUGGGACUCCCCUUUAGCAGAGUUCCAGUAUUCGUUCAACUAUAUCAAAGAUGGGAACAACAUGCCGGUGGCAAUAAAAAUUCGAUCCCCGGGAAUGUACACUGUGUACGCACAACUGGCUAUCAGUGGACCAGAUUUAACCAAUACGUUUGACCCCAUAGUAGGAUUUGAAAUAGUACUACUACGAGGAACAAAUGAACGCAUUUUAUCAAAAGGACUUGUUACGCAGGAUCAGAGAGGGCGACGUUACCAUAAUAUAGUGAGAAGGCAGCACCCAGUCGACACAGUCUUGAUCCUGGGAACUUUCAAGUUCUUCUGCGAUGAUAUGGUAUAUGUUAGGCAAAUCGGGGUAACGGAGUUUAUUUUUAAGAGAGAUACGUCAUACUUCGGGAUAAUUCAGGGAAAUCCGACAAAUGCCCUUUUGCAUGGAGACCACAGUUGUAAUGCUCAACCAUCAAAAUAAAAGAGACGCCAUCUCACAUUCCCAAGUUAACUGCAUGCCUUUGGUUAUUCAUAAACAAAAUUAGAUGAAUUUGUUUUACCAAACUUAAACAAGUAUAGCGCGUAAAAUGUGGUGUUGGACAGAAAGUAAUCGAAAGCGUUCCUAAUUCAUUGUGCGUCAUCAGAAUUAAAACCUUUUUAAAAAUAACAUUAUCAAAUAAGAAAUGUCCAGAAUGUAUCGCGUUAUUUUCCUGAAAAUUCAUAGAAUGUUUAUGUAUUAUCUAUGUAAUUAAUUUAUUUCAAUUUGUAAAAGAAAGGGAUCUUAAUCAAUUAUAACAUGUUAUGUACAUGCGACUUUGUUCGUUGUUCAGUGAAAACUUUAUUUUUCAUAAUUUAAUGCACUCAUGUGUCAUAGUAGCGAGUACUCGCGGUCCGCCAUGAUAUAUAGAACAUUUUGUCGGAGGAAAGCCCCAAGAAGCUUUCUAUAAUUCUAUUAACAUCCAACGGAAAUCAGAAAAGAAACGUACGAAGAAAUUUAGAUAUUCAACAUCUGUUUUUCAUACUUCCAAGAGUUAUUUCGAUAUUUUUAUCAUCAAAAGCGUUUGCGCCUAUGGUCUAAUGACGGUGCAUGUUGGGCCGGUCAACAGGGGGGUGUUUACUCCUCCUAGGCACCUGAUCCCACCCCUGACAUGUCCUGGAGUCCAUGUUUUCGUAACUCUGUUUUGUAUUCCUUAUAGGAGUUAUGAGGUUGAUCAAUGUUCGUUAUCUUCACCUUUCAUUCCCUGAUUUGACGCGAGUAAAUUAUCAUAUAAAGGUGUUCCAAACAGACAAGCAUACUCUGCUGAUUAUUCAGUGCAUCAUUUCAUCCUAUAAUGUGCAUUGUCAAGUCUGAAUUCUUUUUUUUUUUUUUACAAAUUGUACCCUCAACAGAACUCAUUUGUGGAGGUCAGAUUAUUCACAUUUGUACGAAGUCCGCGAUAUUUUGAAAAAUACCAACACGUAUUAUUUGUAUACCCAGCAGUUGACUCGAUAGCACUCUGUUUUUCAAAUACACAUAAUAAACAUGAUUGACUGGACAUGCAAAGUUUUCCUAUUGUGCUAAUUAUUUUGUAAUUUAUACUUACUACGUCUUAUGUCGAUCACUAAAUGGCCAGUAACAAAUUAUUAUUCAAAAAAUCUUGGUUUAUAUCAUAUAGUGUUUUGAACUAAAAUCGAUAAUAUUUCGAAACGCUGUGUUAUAAUUGAAAUGUGUAUGCAUAAUGUAUAUUUCGUGUAUAUUGUGUAUUUUUUCAAGUUUUUAUUGGUUUUGUUUCGUUGUGGGGUUUUUGUAUAUUCGUUUGUUUUACUUUGUUUUUAUUUUGUUUGUAUGUAUGUUUUUGUUUUGUUGUGCUAUAUAUAUAUAUAUAUAUAUAUAUAUAUAUAUAUAUAUAAAUUCUUUUUUCUUGGUAUCGGGGUAGAAUAAAGUCAAAAAAUAAAAUCCAAUAUACUCGAACUUUUAUCUAUAAAAAUAAAUAUAAAGUUUGAGUAUAUUAGAUUUUAUUUAUUGCCUUUAUAUAUAUAUAUAUAUAUAUAUAUAUAUAUAUAUAUAUAUAUAUAUAUAAUCAAAGAUUCAGGGGCAUAUAGUUUUUCACCUAUCUGUCUGUGGUUAUUUAACCUUGGUCAUAUCUUUAACACCAUAAGAGGUAGAGCGUUCAUAAUUGAUAUGUCUUGUGGCAAGACCUUUCCAUGGACACUGAUGACCUUACCAUUGGCGUUUGACCCAGAAAAUUCGCCAUAUCAUUCAAAUCGUAAGAGGUGCUGCUUUUCUAUUUAGCAUGUGCAUUUCUCAUGAAAAGACUUUUCUAACGAUUCUAGAUUUGCUGACCUUUUGAUAUUAACGUUUGACCUAGAUUUUGGAAAUUUUAUAAUAAAAAAAAGUGUCUUAAAGUUCCGAUUUGUUUCAAUCCGGGGGCAUCAAUGUUUCACAAACACAUCUUGCUUUCGGCGUUGUCUGUGAACGUUUUCAACACCGUAGAAUGUGGAAACUAUUUAUUAACUCCACAUUACACUUCAUCUGGUAAUGAUGCGUUGUAUUUGAAGUGUUUUACUCGCUUUUCUUAUGAAUUAAAUUCAUUUUUAACCAAACAACCACCCCAAAACAAAAUAAUUUUUUUUAUAUGUUUAUGAAUAUCUUCAACAAAUUAUAUAUAUAUAUAUAUAUAUAUAUAUAUAUAUAUAUAUAUAUAUAUACAAUUUGUAAAAAGAAUUCAGUAUUUGAUAUAGUAAAUACAUCCUAUAAUAGAAGUCAAGAAACACAAAACACGUAUAACAUUUCACUGUUAGCGCUUUCGGCUUUAAUGCCUCUUCAUACUGUCAUGUUUUGUGUUUCUUGACUUUUAUUAUUGGAUAUAUAUAUAUAUAUAUAUAUAUAUAUAUAUAUAUAUAUAUAUACAUGAACUAAAAUCAGUAAUAUUUCGAAACGUUAAAAUUGAAAUGGUUUUGUGUAUAUGGUGUAAUUGUUUUAUUUUGUAUUGUUUCAUUUAGCUUUAUUGUUAGGUUUUUGUUUAUUGAUUUGUUUUGUAUGGGAUUUUUGUUUCGAGGCAUGUACAUAGCAUUUGGACUGUAAAAUGGCGAUUUACUCAUGCAUAUACCUUCGUAUUCGCAGAUUUGUUUCCCUUUUAAUUCAUAGUAAGUAAUUUAUUUGUUAUGGUGGCAUGUGUAAUAUAACAUUUGCAUUUCAGUAAGUUACGAGUUGAUAUGAUUUUACACCCGGCCCAUAUGUUAAUUUAAUUAAGAAAUUUAACACAAUGAACGAUGGCUGCGUAUGUACAAUUCAUAAUUACUGAAAGUUUAUCAUUUGAUUAGAAAAAUAUUAUUAAUAUUAAAUCGUUUCUGCAACAAUCAACAGUCUCUUGUAACGUGAUAUAUUUCAGAAUUUUUUUUAUUUUUUAUUAUUUUUUUUGGAAAUACACGAGGCCGUGGGCUGCUACGAUUUACGCCAGCAUACAGGAAGGGCGUUAGCGCUGUGGAAAAAAAAAAUGCUGGUGUGAGGCGUUGCUCGUCAUACCCUCAUCUUUUCAAAACUGAAAUUCAUCCCUUUAUAUUUACAUUUGGCUUUCAUUUCUGUCGGAGUAUAUUCCCUGCCGUUAAAGAAAGUCACAUUAAUUAUUACAUUUACAUGUAUUAAGAUUUAUACGCAAUUUUUCCAUAGUUAUGAGCAAAAUAGCAUCCGCAAUUAUAUCGCUUGGGUUCGAAUUUACUAUUAAAGUAAAGGUAAUAUCAGUGGCGGAUUUAAGGGGGACGCAGCCCCCCCCCCCUAAAAUUUUCAAAUUUAAGGUAAAUCGUGGUAUCUUGUUUAGAAAAAUGUACUAAAUGAUAAAAGGAGCAAUGAUUUCUUCCACUUCCGGAGAAAUAAAUGACAAUAUCUUUUAAUUUCUUGAAUUACUUCAUUGGGAGAACUUAAUUUUUUCCAAAAACCCUUAAAAUUUGCGUCGUUUUAUUAAUUUCACCUUAUUAGAAAUAAUAGAAAAUAGUACAAAUGACUAAAUAGGAGACAUAUUUCAAGCCCUAUAAAAUCUGUAAAAUUCAGGAGCUUCCAGGGGCUUCGCCCCCUGGGCCCCCACCAGGGCUUUGCUAUGGACCCACUGGGGGCCUCAAGGCGGCCUCCAGACCCUCCUGCCUCACAAAAUGGCGUCUCCCGUAACUGCAAUUCCUGGAUCCGCCCCAGAAUAUAGGGAUAGAGUUCUAUAUAUCUUUACUCUUUAAUAAUGCAUUCGAUCCCAAGCGAUAUAAUUGUCAGUGGAAAAUGUGGCUAUCAUUUCAAUUGGUAAAGAUAUGGAAAGUAAAAGCAUUGGAAAUGUAAAUAUUUGUCAAUAUCGUCGUCACGGUCAAUAGCGCCAAAUCCAGUGUAGGUAGUUCAUGUACAUAUCUUUUUAUGUCUAUCAGACAUCUGAGAAAAAAAUAUAUCAUAGGGCCUUGUAUAUAUGUUAUUUUCAAGGUUAUAUCUUACGGUGUAAAAUCUUUCAAUUCUAAACCUAACACAGUGGUUAUCUUAUCAGACUAUCACGAUGCCCCCUCUUUACAAGACUGUGUUGUUGAUUGCGUGUUUAUCUUUUUUUGGGGGGAUGGGGGUGGGGUUGUAUUUUUGUUUUGUUUUGGGGGUUGUACAUGCAUGUUCAGUUUUCUUUGUUCAACUACUUGUUAGUUUUGUCAGUUAUAAUGAUUGUUUCUAAAUUUGAUUUUGGGAAAAAAUAACAAUAAAUGUACAUUUUGCACAUUCAA